UUUUUUUUUUAACAAAUAUUUUAGGGACACUGUAAAUAUGUAGAGUUUUUCGUUCCUCUCUAAGCUCUGGCAGAGUGAUAGCAAUGGCGGCGAGAGUACCUCUAGGAUGUGAACCUGUUGUUGGAUCAUUAACGCCGUCAAGAAAAAAGGAGUAUAGAGUGACGAACAGACUCCAAGAAGGCAAACGCCCAUUAUAUGGCGUCGUCUUCAACUUCAUUGAUUCGCGCUACUUCAAUGUCUUUGCUACUGUGGGCGGAAAUCGAGUGACUGUAUAUCAGUGUCUCGAAGGUGGUGUUAUUGCUGUGCUGCAGUCUUAUAUUGAUGAAGAUAAAGAUGAAUCCUUUUACACUGUAAGUUGGGCCUGCAAUAUUGAUGGGAGUCCAUUCUUAGUGGCUGGUGGAAUAAAUGGAGUUAUUCGUGUUAUUGAUGCUGGGAAAGAGAAGAUACACAAGAGCUUUGUGGGGCACGGAGACUCAGUAAAUGAAAUUAGGACUCAACCCUUGAAACCAUCUCUUGUAUUAUCUGCCAGCAAAGAUGAAUCUGUUCGCUUGUGGAAUGUUCAUACUGGAAUAUGCAUUUUGGUAUUUGCUGGUGCUGGAGGUCAUCGGAAUGAAGUACUUAGUGUGGACUUCCAUCCUACUGAUAUAUAUCGGAUUGCUAGCUGUGGAAUGGAUAACACUGUUAAGAUCUGGUCAAUGAAAGAAUUCUGGACAUAUGUGGAGAAAUCGUUUACUUGGAUGGAUCUUCCUUCCAAGUUUCCCACUAAAUAUGUACAGUUUCCAUUGUUAAUAGCUUCUGUCCAUAACAACUACGUUGACUGUAACAGAUGGCUUGGUGAUUUUAUCUUGUCCAAGAGUGUUGACAAUGAAAUUCUAUUAUGGGAACCAAAGAUGAAAGAACAAUCUGCUGGAGAGGGCACCGGUGACGUCCUCCAAAAGUAUCCUGUGCCGGAGUGUGAUAUAUGGUUCAUCAAGCUUUCAUUUGAUUAUCACUACAAAACAGCAGCUAUAGGAAAUAGAGAAGGCAAGAUCUUUGUCUGGGAAGUACAAACAAGCCCGCCAACUUUGAUUGCAAAGCUGUCUCAUGUUCAAUCUAAACAACCAAUUAGACAGACUGCCAUGUCUUUUGAUGGAAGCACUAUACUUAGCUGCUGUGAAGAUGGGACUAUAUGGCGCUGGGAUGUGGUAGCAACAACUUCUUGAGUUUGAAUGUACUAUUAUGAAGGAUCCAAAGUAUAUCUAAACAUGCAAGCACACCUGUAAAUUCUGCUUAACUUUAUCUCUGACCUCUUUCUCGUGAGACCAUCUCGAUGUGCCAGUGAAUUAAACUUGUACUAUUAGUGCUGGACAUAUGGAGGUCGAUGAUCAGGGAAGAUGGGAAGGUUAAUAGGAUGUCAAACUUGUCUAGUUUUCUUUGAGUAUUAUUAUUAUGACUCCCCUUUUAUUUUAUUCUUCGUAUUAUUUCGAUUGACUAAAAUACCUU